AUGACAAUUUUAAGAAAUCUUUUUGGCGGUGCUAUUACUACAUAUAUUCCUGAAGAUUUUGUAGAUGCAAGUCAAUUUAGACAAAUACCAGAUCAUCAAGAAGUAUUAGUAAAUGUUAAUGAUGAAAGAAGUCUUAUGAUUGAAAUCCUAGAAUUUGCAUCUGUAGAAGAUACAGAUGUUGCAAAGUUUCAUUUUGAUGUUUUAGCAAAAGAUAAUGAUGCAGAAGAAAGUUUAAUCUUAGAUACAUCACAUAUUACUUUGGAAAGUAAACAUACAGUUUAUCUUCUUGAAGGAAUACAAAAAGUAUUUAAAUAUGAUAAACGAACAACUAAUCAAAAUGAACAAACUCAAUAUAUUCCGUCUAUACCCUAUGUUAUAAUUUUAUUAUCUGUUUUACGUUUACAUGAGAAAUCUACUGACAUUGUCAUAACUAUAAAUGUUCCAUUUUCAGAAAUACAAGGUUUACCUUUAUUUCUCAAAGAUUCAGAACUUUUAGUACAAGAAUCAACAAGCACUUUAAAUUUGAACCGUUUAGAUCUUUUAAAAGAUGUUUUUAAUAUACAAGAAAUACAAUUUUUGACAAAAAAAAUGCUUUUAAAUCUUUUAAAUACUUUUCAUAUUCAUGACUGGUCAUUAUUUCAAAAUAGUUAG